AUGCUCAUUGUCUCGUCCCGCAGUGCGCUGCUGUCGGUGUACUAUCCCCAGAUCUUCCUCAUCCUCACUAGCGGUAGCUACCUGGCGCUGUCCUCGGUGGUAGCGUUGGGCGCUAACAUCAUCUGCAACAAGAUCCCUGGGCUGGCCCCGAGGCAGCGCGCCCUCUGCCAGAGCCGCCCGGACGCCAUCAUCGUCAUCGGCGAGGGUGCCCAGCUGGGCAUCAACGAGUGCCAGUACCAGUUCCGGUAUGGCCGCUGGAACUGCUCUGCCCUGGGCGAGAGGACCGUCUUUGGACAAGAGCUGAGAGUAGGUAGCCGAGAGGCGGCGUUCACCUAUGCCAUCACGGCGGCUGGCGUGGCACAUUCGGUGACAGCGGCGUGUAGUCAGGGUAACCUGAGCCAGUGUGGCUGCGACCGGGAGAAGCAGGGCUACCAUGACCAGGAGGAGGGCUGGAAGUGGGGAGGCUGCUCGGCCAACAUCAAGUAUGGCGUGGAGUUCUCCAGACGCUUCGUGGAUGCCCGAGAGAUCAAGAAGAACGCCCGACGUCUGAUGAACCUGCAUAAUAAUGAGGCGGGACGAAAGAUCCUGGAGGAGCGUAUGAAGCUGGAGUGUAAGUGUCACGGCGUGUCAGGCUCCUGCACCACCAAGACCUGCUGGACCACCUUACCCAAGUUCCGGGAGAUCGGCUACGUCCUGAAAGAGCGCUUCGGCGAGGCGGUCCAAGUCGAACCGGUCCGGGCCUCGCGUCUCCGCCAACCCUCCUUCCUGCGUCUGAAGGAGGCGCGGGGCUACCAGAAACCCACGGACACCGAUCUGGUCUACCUGGAGAGGUCUCCAAACUACUGCGAGGAGGACACGGCGACAGGGAGCACAGGGACGCGGGGGAGGCUGUGUAACCACACGUCACCCCAUACCGACGGCUGCAAUCUGAUGUGUUGUGGUAGAGGCCACAACACCCACCAGUACACCCGCGUGUGGCAGUGCAACUGCAAGUUCCAAUGGUGCUGUUUUGUGAAUUGUAACACGUGCAGUGAGAAGUCUGAGGUGUUCACCUGCAAAUAAAGG